ACUAAAACCUAAUCCAGCCAUUUUUGCUAAUCUAAAUGGGUGUUUUGAUACAGGCAUCGUCUCGCUCAUCUCCCUGGCUGUACUGUCUUACGAACGUUACUGCACCAUGACGGGGACAACCGAGGCCGAUACCACAAACUACAGGAAAACAUGGACAGGCAUCAUCCUAUCCUGGACGUACUCCUUGGUCUGGACUGCACCGCCCCUUUUCGGCUGGAGCAGUUACGGGCCAGAAGGACCAGGGACAAUGUGCUCGGUGAACUGGCAUUCAAAGGACGCUAACAACGCGUCCUACGUCGUAUGUCUUUUCAUCUUUUGCCUUGUAAUCCCUUUUGCCAUUAUUGUUUAUUCAUAUGGGAAGCUGCUGUGUGCUGUAAGGCAGGUGAGCGGCAUCAAUAAAGGGAUGGGUCGGACCCGAGAGCAGCGCAUCCUGAUCAUGGUGGUGGUGAUGGUAAUUUGCUUUCUCCUUUGCUGGCUGCCAUAUGCAACCGUGGCGCUUAUAGCUACCUUUGGGAAACCCGGUCUCAUCACCCCUGCGGCCAGCGUCAUCCCAUCCAUCCUUGCCAAAAGCAGCACCGUCUACAACCCCAUCAUCUACAUAUUUCUGAACAAACAGUUUUACAGGUGCUUCUUGGCGCUUCUGAGAUGCAACAAAGCAGCCGCCAACUCCAGCAACAAGUCCUCGUCCCGGUCCUGCCGUGCGCUGCCGCGGGGGCCGGGUGACACCGGCCCCACAGCAGCCGAGAGCCCGCGCCCACCUCCAGAAGACACCCCAGAAGCUAACUGA